GAAGUUGAGAAUUUCGACGUGUGUGCUAAUAUCGAAACACGAAAUCUAUCACUUGGUACAAUUGAAGAGUUGAAAGACUGCGUAUCCAAGUGUAUAUCGGAAAAGAUGGGUUUCGAUAAACCGUUGUGGAGGGCAUACGUUAUCUAUGGACUGGAAGGAGGAAAACGUUCGGCAAUGGUCAUCAAGGCUCACCAUUGCAUUGCUGAUGGUCAAGGAUGCAUGCGCGCACUCAUGAGUUUGACCUUGGAAGGUAGUGAUCUAUUGUCAGACAUGAUAAAGUUUUUUAAAGACAAGAUGAUACCACCACCUAAACCCAAACCCUCGGAAUUACCAUUAUUAAGACAUCACGCGAUAAAACCGCAUGUAGACAGAAUACCCGAAUUUUUAUUUGCCCCUUAUGUUCUCUUUUUGAAUGUACUUUACAUUCUGUGGUUACUCUAUAAUGAAAUUAGGACAGGCAUCAUAAAUCAACAUAAAACCACGAAGAUGUCUUUAAUGAGAAAAAAUUUAAUAUAUGAAGAGAGCGGGAAGUUGGAGAGGACGAUGAGCUGGACUAAAGAGAUAAAUAUAACCGAUAUUUCGAUUCCGCGAAAAGCCUAUGGGGUUUCACUUAAUGAUGUCAUGGCAGUUAUUACUCGCGCCAUACGUGCAUACUUUUCAGAGAUCAACCGUGUGUUGGAUGAUGAACUGAUGAUGUUCAUCCCAAUUUCUAUGCGAGGUCCGACAAAUUGGGAAUGCAACAAUGCGUCCACAGGUGAGUGGUGCUUCAUCUCAAUGAAAGAGCAGACCACCAAAGAAUCGAUAUUUCAUGUUCACCGAGAGAUGAAUAAAUUGAAAAGUAGUUUACCCGCAAAACUCAGAUAUAUCUUCCUUGGAAAUUGUCCAAUUCCCGGAAUUUUUAACAAGAGACUAAUGACAGCUUUGGAAGAAGUUGGACACGGGGUGAUCACAAACGUUCCAGGGCCUAUGCAUUCCUUGACCUUUGCAGGACAAAAGAUAGAACAGUUUACAGUAACACCACCUCAAAACUGCCCUGGUGGUUUCGCAAUCGGCAUUAUAAGCUAUGAUGGUAAAAUAACGUGUUCAGUUUUCAAUGACAGAAUGCCCAACUAUCCAAACAUCUCAACGCGCGUCACCGAAUUGAUAAACGAAGAAUUCGAAGCAUUGUUGGAAGAAUCUAGGGCAGAAUUAAAAAAACGGGAAUUAACUUUGCAUGAAAAGAAGGAAUCGAAUGUAAUGCGGUUUAUUCAAUUCGAAGAUAACUAUGAUUUUCUGGAAGAAGAUCCAAAACCAGAGUCGAUGGUAUUUUACAUAGAGGCUUAA